AUGGCGAUUGCUUCUACGCAGCCCCAGGUUCUAAAUAGAUUAUUCCCCCACGUUCACGCUGGGUGGCUACAGAGUCCUCGUGGUCUAGUCCUAUUAAAUCACAGCACAGACAGCGACGGCCAUUCGAGACUUGGUAUCUACCACGACACUCAUGCUUGCCUACCAACGAUCUGGUCCAAACAUGCCCCGCUCGCCAUCCUCUGCCUUCUACCCAAAUUCACGGGGGGCUUCAUCGCCCUGUGUCUUUCACCGGCGCUAAGCCCCCCUGUCCAGUGCCAACACCAUGCUGUGCCUAAUCCACGAUGCCUUGGGUGCCGGAUGGCUAUGGGCGGACAAGCUGACAGUUACAUGGCUUCGGAAGACUUUUCGGUUCAACAGUGUUAUUAUUCUGACAAGCCGCCGGUAGAUGUACCAGCUGUCGAAGAGUUCGCGCCGUUAUCUCCAACUAGCGAAAGCAGUGAUUUCACGAGUCCCAUACCAGGAGAAUCAGAUGAAGAGUCAUACUUGCUAAGAAUGCGUUUUGCCAUGCAAGAGCUGGAUAACCAAGUCGAGUUCGUGGUCGGCAAUCGUUUCUUGGACCUUGGGUGUUGCCCAGGAGGCUUUUCAACAUACGUCUUAAGCAAGUUACCCUCGAUUGUGGGUGACGGCGUCUCUUUGCCCGUUGAACUUGGUGGGCAUUCGUUGGCUGUUCCCCAGGCGCUCCGUUCCAGAUUUACGGUACACUGGGGUGACAUCACUCGAUUCAACCACGCAAGUGGACAUGCUGGGUCCGGCCAAUUCAAUAGAUUAGCCACAUUUCCCAUCCCACCAAACACAUACGAUCUCGUUAUUGCCGACGGACACCGUCCACCCAUUAUCCUGAAACAAGUAGGCCACGAACAACGCUACGCUCGUGACUUGCUGCUCGUUUCCCAACUGCUUGCCGCAAUAAAGGCCGUCAAAGUCGGUGGGUCCAUUCUCGUCAAACUCAGCUUGUCUCUGGCGAACCAGACGUUGGACGGGUUUAUGCACCGGGUCGUUGUUGCGCUCGGAGAACUUUCGAGUCGUGUGCCUUUGGUCGCGCUUAAACCUAAGAGUAUUUACGCCACCGCUGGGUCUUUUUAUGUGCUCGUUCGAGGGGUCGAGGCCGUUCCACGGCGUGGACUAGAACUCAAUUGGAAGCGCUGUGGAUUAACUUGCUUGGGGGUGGGGCGAUCAAUACCAAAGCGAUCAAUAAAUAGUCUCCGCAAAGGAAACAAGAAACAAGAAGGAAUGGUUGCGGCGUUGUUGGCCUGUGCAAGAUAUUAG